CAGUUUUGGUGGCUAAAAGAAAUGUUCAGUUGUCAUCCUUGUAACAUUAAAUCCUUGGUUUUCAACAUUAGGAAUCCCUUAAUGAAUCAACCAUCAACUUGAAGGACGCCAUGAGCAAUCUUGACACUGCAUACAGUGAGAUAGCUCAGUUGCAGCAUGCCAAUGCCGAGUUUGAGAGGCAAGCAAAGGAGGCAUCCCUAAGUGCCAAGAUGGCUGCUGGUGAAGAGAUUCGCAGGGCCAUGGACCAGGCACGUUCCGAGGCAUUGUCUGAGAAGUCGUCCCUGCUCCAACGUAUUGAAGAGCUGCAGCUUGCCCUGGCCAUGGCAGACCAGCGCAGCGAACGGCGGGAGGAACAUCUGCACGCCAGCAUCCGGGAGUUGCAGCAGCAACUCCAAGAAGCAGAGGCACGGAACCAGGAGAUCACGCAAAACCUUUCGUCUGCCACAAGGCCCCUCCUUCGUCAGAUUGAGAAUCUCCAAUCAACAUUCAGCGUGCAGUCUGCUUCCUGGGAGAGGGUGGAACGGAGCCUCACUGAUAGGCUGAACGAGUCCCAGACUCACGCAACACUGCUAGCCGAGCGAGAGCGUGCCCUGAGCGACAAGUGCACUGACCUACAACAGCGGCUCACGACACUUGAGGCACAAAAUGUGGCGCUGCGACGGGAGAAGCAGGAGCUGGCUUCUGAAUGCGACACGCUUAGGGAACAGCAGAGCAGCUUGGAGGAGUAUGAGUGCAGGGAAAGCAACCUCAGGGCGACAAAAUCAAGACUCGAGCAGUCUCUGAAGACCCUCAGGACUGAAAAGGAUGCCUUGUCUGCACAGCUGAGCGCCCUGCAAGAGGAACUCUCCAGCGAGCGUAACAAGAAUGCCUUGCUUCAGGAACAGCUCCGAGCAGAGCGAGAGAAGAGGCUUGAAAAUUCUAACACUCCAUCACCUACAGCGUCGCACUACAGUUCCGUCAGUGACACCUUCAACUGCAAUCCACUGCCUGAUGACUUGAGCAUGGCAUACAGCACAUUCAGUGUUGGACCAGCAAGUCGUCACACUUCCUUGUACGAGAGCCUCCGUGGCGUCGGUGGCAGCUCGCUCAUCGAGUCGCUCCAGGCACAGCUCAAGAUGCGCGAAGGCGAAGUUGGUCAGUUGCAGGCACAAAUUGGCCAGUUGGAACGAUGCAGGGAAUCCUUGUCACGUGAGCUGACAUUGCUGUCAGCCAAGCAAGAGCUUUGGGACCAGGAGCACGAGGAGCUGCGUGAACUCAGGGUUCGUUUCGAGGAUGUGAACCAGAAGUACAAUACGCUGCUCCAGAUGUAUGGCGAGAAGGUCGAGGAAGCAGAAGAGCUACGUCUCGACCUGGAAGACAUCAAGUCCAUGUACAAGGCUCAGAUAAAUGAGCUCAUCAAUGCCAAAUAGUGAGCUCUUUUGGUCAUCGCCAGUUGCCACCUGGGGCACCACCAGACACUCACCAUCGCAGGCGAAGGCAGUCAGUGUCUUGACACAUUGUGUCGUCCACACCGGAGUAUUAAAGUUAGGAGAGCGGAAGCUAGGUGCAAGAUCUGUACAUAAACAAGAUGUGCAUACCAGUGUUGUGUUUGUAUAGUGCUUUGAAAGGCACGGAGGGUAAUCAAAGGAACUUCACAAGUCUUGAUUUUUUUUUUAAAUAAAAUGUUUUACCUGCGGUUGUUACAGACA